CUGACGAUGGAACGCGUGAAAUCCGUGGCCAAAGAAAUCGGCUUCCUCAAGGCCAUCAUGGCGUUCUUCGUGCUAAAAUUAGCCGCCGUCUACGUGGAAAAAUUUGGGCUGGAGGGUGGUGACAUGCGCACCGCCUACCGGGAGGCGGGGAACAUUCCCCACUGCACGCUGCAGCUGGGGGAUCGUCGCUGGAGCAUCACGAGUCAGCGCGCCAUGAAUCCCCUCUCCCUGUGGGAACGACUGCAGUGUGUCGGGUUCAAAAUCCGCACCAUGCGGACGGUUAUCUUCAGCCCGGAGAACGUGGAAACGCGCCGCUGGCGCGCUGUCGUGGAGGAACUGCAGGCCACAUUCGCCGCGGCGUGUCCCACGGUGUACCGGGCCAUUGUACAGGAGCGGGAUGUCUGGCUGGCGGGGUCGCUGCAGCAGUCUGUGUCGCAGCCGGUGCUGACUGCGGAGGGUCCGCGGGGCCGGGUGACGGUGGGUGUCGUGGGGAUCGCGCAUGUGGCCGGUAUCCAACGGGCCUGGAACAAUCCCCCGCUGUCGCCGGAGGAGAUGGCGAAUCUGGAGACCAUCCCGCCGCCGUCCGCCUUCCAGAUGUUUGCGCCCGGUGUGGUGACGGGGUUGUGGCUGUCGCUCUGUGGGUACGGCGCGUACCGUGGUGGGAGGUUCGCGUUCAACCGCAUGCGAAGACUCUACCGGUAUUUAUCCCCGGCGCGUCCAACGGUGAUCACGGUCGUUAUUACAAAGCGGCAUGCGUUUCCCGGACAGCGCGGCAAUUAACGAAUUCGCAGGAGCUUGGACGAAGUCGAAAAACCCGAUGAUGUUUUCUUAUUUGUUUUUUCCUGUUUUGUUAAUUUUAUAUACCAUAUCUGGGCCGUUAUGAAAU